AUGAGUACUACCAGUUCGUACGGCGGCUCCUCCACCAUUCUCAACUACAAAAUCAACAAGCAUCAGACGGUGCAGCUCAUCCCUACUCUCGAUGAGCUCUUGUUCGAGGAAGGCUGCGCCGACAGCUACUACACCCGCGCCAACUUCAUGGACUUUCUUGCCCACAACCACUGCUUGGAAAACGUGGAGUUUGUGGUGCAGCUCAACGGCUUCCUUAACCAUCCAACUGCCCAGGCGUGGGAGCAGAUCUAUGCCACAUUUCUAGCACCAGACUCGUCCAACGAGAUCAACUUGCCCCACGACAUCAAGAGAGACCUUCUCUCGCAAGACUUCCCCGACAUCCAGAAGAUCUUGCGGUGCAAGCGGGUGAUUUACGACGACAUUUUGUUCAACUUGUACAACGAGUUCAUACGGCACACUCGGGCCAAAAUAGCCUCCGACCUGCUGGCAGCGCCGGCGGCCUCAGCAUCCGUGGUGUACCGCAGGAAGUCGGAGAUUAUCCUGCCAGACACUGUGAUUCGGGAACGCGCCAAGCGCAGCAACAGCACGGCCGAGUACUACAAGGAGGACAUCAUCGAGCAUGAAGACAUUCUCCCCACACCAUCGUAUCUGCGCAACAACAGCGCGUCUAGCAGCUCCAACGCCAACUCCACCUCCAACCCCAGCAGCAGAGGUUCAUCGAUCGGGCUGAUCAUGGACAGCCUCAAGACCAACGUGGACUACAUGAAGCUCAAGAACGUUCGCAAGUUCCGGUUCAGGAGAGCUAGUAACGACACCUCAUGA